AUGGUAUUUCAAGCAACUCCGGAGUUUGCAAUAAAGUUCACUAAACUUAUAGCAUUACUAGGUACGUCAUGGCCAAAUUACGAAGGCACGCCAAAGUGGAAGCUCGUAAUUUUCCAGAUAAGAUGGUGGGCGACAUUUUUUCUGGCCAUCACGGCUUGCAUGACGAUGUGUUACGCGGCACACAACCAGUAUCAGAAUAUUUUGAACUUGACGAAAUCGCUGUUUGACAUUUCCAAUACCAGUCAAACAUUUGUCAAAAUGUUUUUUUGUAAAUAUUUGUUGCACGACAUGGAAAAAUACGUAGAGAAAGCAGAGCUUCAUGAAAGAGAAUUAUUUGUAAAAUACAUAAAACGUUGUGGAAAAUUGCACUUGACUGUCAUGGGAAGCGGAUUGCUGAUUAUUCAUAUAAUUAUUCUAGCACCGCUCGCAUUACCUCAGCCAUUUCCAAAUAUCGCGGAUUAUCCGUUUCCGAUUGAUGGACAUCCUACUUAUGAAUUGCUUUAUUUGCAUCAAAGUUGUGCGACUAUUCAUUGUCUUUCUAUUCCGGCGUUUGACUGCCAAAUCGCGCUGUUAUUGUGGUACGCUGGUGCGAGACUUGAACUUUUGAGUGAUGAAUUUAAAAAUGUUACAGAUGAAAAACAGUUUGCUGAAUGUGUCAAGAAACACCAGUAUUUAUUAUGGUACAUUCAAGAAAUAGCCAUCAGUAGCCGUGGUAUUCUUGCAGCAACUGGCUGUACUUGUGUACUAACAGCGAUUUCCAGCGGAGUCCAUAUUGUUUCAAAUGAACCAGUACCUUUCAAAGUUCCAUUCAUGAUUUCCUGGGUAAUUGUAUCCUCGACACUCUACAUUACUUCAUGGCCAGCAGAAAAUGUCUUGCAGAUGUGCGAAAAAAUUGGGAUGUCACUGUAUGAAUCCGCUUGGGUUCAAAACUCAAAAGAACUGAACAGUGGUAUAAUAUUUGUAAUGCAGAGAUCACAAACACCGGUAACUAUUGAAGUCCCAGGAAUAUUACCAGUACUUUCUCUACGAUACUUUAUGAUGUUUUUGUCGAGAACUUUUUCAUACUUUACAACUUUGCGUGUGAUGCUGGACAAAAUAGAUAUAAACAUGGACAUUCCCCAAGAGGAACAAAUUCCUGCCUAA